AUGGCCACCAGGACGAAGAAGCGACAUUUAACAACUGACGACCUGUUGCGACUCCAAGAAGAGCCGUCCCUAAAAAGAAUCAAAACAACGUCUUUCACAACCACUCGACAAACCGAUCAAUAUUCAGACCUGGAAGCAACUUCAUCAGACGACGACGCAGAGACGGGUAACAGCAAGAAGGGAGAAAAGGCAUUGCAGCGAGAUGAAGAGUCUGACGAUGAAGAAGCUGAAACUUCAGAUUCAGACGAAGAAGAUUCGCCGUCUUCGUCAGAAAACGGCGAAUCAAUACCUGUUGUAGAUCGCUUUGGGUCUGCUGGGAAACUAUCGAGGAGCGGGGCUCAGAGCUCGGAGGAAGUCAAGAGACUCUCUGCAGUCACCUCGUUUUCUUCUCUCGGUGUAUCAAACGUGCUUCAGACGGCGCUUUCAUCCAUGUCAAUUACUUCACCCACCGAAGUGCAAGCAGCUUGCAUUCCUCCAAUACUAGCUGGCAAUGCGAAGACUGGCUCGGGAAAAACAAUUGCAUUCGCACUCCCUAUAUUGCAAAAGCUUCUCGUUGAUCCCUACGGAAUCUUUGCUCUGGUUUUGACACCGACCAGAGAACUCGCAUUUCAAAUUGCCGAACAAUUCGCUGUUUUGGGAGGGUCUGUCAACGUUCGAACAUCUGUGAUAGUUGGCGGAAUGGACAUGGUGUCGCAAGCACUUGAACUUGACCAGCGGCCACAUAUCAUUAUCGCCACACCGGGUCGGAUUGUCGACCAUUUGAAGAGCACAAAGGGGAAUUGGGAUUUGUCGAGAAUUAAAUUCUUGGUGCUAGAUGAGGCUGAUCGGCUCCUCACCGAAACUUUCACCCCCGAAUUGUCUUACCUCUUCAACGUCCUUCCAAAAAACCGCCAAACCUGUCUUUUUACUGCAACCAUGACACUAUCCAUCGAAAACUUGGCCGAUGCUCCCCCUCGGCCGGGUAAAUCCAAGCCAUUUGUCCACAGAGUAAAAGAAGCUGACCCAAGUAUCGAGACAGUGUCCACCUUGAAGCAACACUACAUUCUCGUUCCCUCGCAUGUGCGAGAAGUCUAUCUGUUCCGAAUACUCUGUCACCCACCAGAAUCCACGAUCCACCUUCGCCGCGCCCCGCCAGAACCUGCAAAGAAUCUACAAAAGCCAAAAGUGGGCAAGGCGAAGAAGUCUAAAUCACGGACAGCCGAGGAAGAAAUAGAGCAACCGCCGCCAACAAUCAUCUUUUGCGGCAGAGCCAGUACAGCAGCUUACCUCACGGCCCUGUUAAAGGCACUCGGUAUUCGCAGUACCGCUCUCCAUUCACGACUAACGCAACGGGAGCGGCUAUCCUCACUCUCGCUCUUCCGAGCCUCCGUGGUACCUGUGUUGGUGUCAACGGAUGUGGCAGCUCGAGGUUUGGACAUUGAGGAUGUCGCGAUGGUAGUGAAUUGGGAUUUGCCUGCAGAACCAGAGGAGUACACCCAUCGAGUGGGAAGAACUGCCCGUGCGGGGAAAGGUGGAGUGGCCAUCAGUUUUGUGACGGAAAGGGACGAAGAACGAGUGUUGCGGAUUGAGCAGAGAAUCAAAACCAGAUUGGAGGAGAUGGAUCUACCGGAAGAGAAGGUUUUGGAGAAACUGAACACUGUCUCCACUGCAAAGAGAUUGGCGAAGAUGGAACUUCACGAUUCCGACUUUGGAAAGAGGGAAGAGAUCUAUAAAAUCAAGAAUGCCAAGCGAGGGCGGAAGGAAACAGACGCUGGGUCCACGGAGAGUCUAGAUGCCGCAGAGCAAAUCCCAACCCGAUAG